AUGGACGUAGAUCAAAGGAGUGUUGACUACUCCCUUUAUCUGGUCACUGACUCGUCACCCGCCACCCUAGGUGCUCGAGAUCUCGUGGAGGUUGUCGAAGCAGCACUACAGGGUGGGGUGACCGUCGUACAAUAUAGAGACAAAACCAACGAUACUGGUGUCCUGGUCUCUACGGCUAAGAGAUUACAUGAGGUGACACGGAAAUACAAUGUGCCUCUUCUUAUCAAUGAUCGAGUCGAUGUGGCAUUGGCCGUUGGGUGCGAGGGUGUACAUAUUGGCCAAGAUGAUAUUGACCUCGGAAGUGCGAGGAAGAUACUAGGAAAGGAUGCCAUCAUUGGGGUUACCGUAUCUUCAAUUGUGGAGGCUGAAGCUGCCUGUGACGGUGGUGCUGAUUAUCUUGGUAUUGGGACCGUGUUUGCAACGCCAACUAAAACAAACACCAAGGAGAUAAUCGGUACCGCAGGUGUAAAAACGAUCCUUCGGGCUCUAGCAGCUAAAGGAUCAAACGUACGGACCGUGUGCAUCGGAGGCAUCAAUGCAUCUACAGUUCAGCGCGUGAUAUAUCAGUCGUCGGAUGCGAGCAAGAAUCUAGAUGGCGUUGCGGUUGUCAGCGCCAUCAUCGCCGCCCAAGAUCCAAAGCAAGCCGCCCAAGAUCUCCUGCAACUGGUGCACUCCCCACCGCCUUAUGCAAUCAGCUCAAUAGUCACCGGGCAGAAGCCUACAAGCGUGGAUGACCUUGUUAGCGACGUCUGUGACAUUAUCCAGACUGUUAGUGCUGAGAACCCUCUCUCCCAUAAUAUGACAAACCUAGUAGUGCAGAACUUCUCAGCAAAUGUCGCGUUAGCAUUUGGAGGAUCUCCAAUCAUGGCAAAUUAUGGGGAAGAGGCGCGGGAUCUCGCCAAACUAGGAGGCGCUCUUGUCAUUAACAUGGGCACAGUCACCCCUGACGGUCUACAGAACUAUGCCAAGGCAUUGUCGGCAUAUAAUGUGGAAGGAGGACCAGUGGUCUUCGAUCCCGUUGGUGCCGGAGCUACAUCUGUUAGGAGAAGCGCGGUUAAGACGCUAAUGGCCGCUGGAUAUUUUGAUGUGAUCAAAGGCAACGAGGGAGAGAUAAAGACUGUAUAUGGAACAGUGGUCCAGCAGAGAGGGGUUGACAGUGGCGCGAGUACGUCAAGUGAUCUGGAAAAAGCCAGGCUAGUUCGAGACCUUGCUGAAAGAGAGCGGAACGUCGUGCUCAUGACAGGACCUACUGAUUUCGUCAGUGACGGAACCCGCACAUAUACCGUUAAGAAUGGCCACAAGCUGCUAGAGGAGAUUACCGGAAGUGGCUGCGUCCUCGGGACUGCGAUUUCCUUGAUGCUAGCUGUCUGCCGAGGGGAUAAGUUGCUUGCAACUCUUUCCGCGAUGCUCCAUUUCGAGAUCGCGGCCGAGAUCGCGGCUGAGAGGGAGGAUGUUAAAGGACCAGGUACCUUUGUCCCUGCUUUGAUUGAUGAGAUCUACAAUAUCCAGAAAGCUACAAAUGGCGGAGACUAUAACUGGCUGAAAAGAGCUAGAGUCGAAGCUGUAGAUACGAAGUAA